AUGGCCAGAGCGGUGCACUCGUCGGGUGGGGCUGCCGGAGGCGUGGUCAGCGAGAGCCAAGGGUAUGGGCUCCUUUUGACCGGUGCCGUCCUGGCAUCUCUGCCACCAGAUGACCCGGACCACCAGCGCAUCAUGGAUCUCACCCACGAGAUGUUCCUGGGCUGGCGGCGCAUGUGCGAGCUUUCUGCAGGCAGUGGCAGCUGCCAAGACGACGAGGGCUUCCAGUGUGGAGGAGGCAAGUACCCAUGCCUGGCUCAUUGGAAGUUCGACGAUGACCUGACGAACAUCAUCGGGUCGGGUUCCGCCCCGGACGGCGAUGCGGAUGCGCUUGCCGGCAUGUUGCUCGCGGUGCUGUCUGUGGAAAGGGAAGCUUCCCAGCCCAGUUGGCUGGACGAGGUUGGUCAGUGGGCCUAUGACACAUGCAAGCAGUUCUACAUGAGCAGCACGGUCGCUUCCAGCUCGGGCAACCACCGCAUCGUGAAGCUGGGUGCCUGCUGGGGCGGCUGGGACGGACAAGGCCAGAAUCCCAGCUACCACGCUCCCGCAGUCUACAGGAUGUGCCGCAACUACAUGAAGUCGCACGACACCCGCUAUGGGACGUCGGCGGACGAGGGCGAGAAUUUGGAGGCAGAGUGGAACAAGGUCAUCGCGACGACCUACAAGGUUUUCGAUGCGACGCAGUGCCCUUCCAACGGUCUUGUACCCAACUGGGCCAAGAUUUCGGAGGAAGGGCAGAGCCUGCGCGCCACGAUGGGCUUCUCUGGCAGUGGCACGCCUGGCGCCGAAUACGGUUCCGAAGCAAGCCGCGCUGUUUGGCGCGUGGCCCUUGACUACCUGCUCUUUCCCAACGAGGCUGGGGACGCUGCAGCCUUCCUCGAUCCCCUUGCAGCCCACCUGGAGACGAAGGAGACCAACGGCAACUGGGACGAGGCGCUCGAUGUGGAUGGCAGCUGCCUCGUCGACAGCGUGCACAGCAGUUGGUCCUGGAACAUGUUCAUGGCCGGUCCCACCUUUGCAUGCCUCGUGUGCCCCGCCAACUCUGUGCAAGAGGACCGCCAACAGGAACUGAUCGAUGCGGCCGGGCAGCGGGUGGCCUCGAAGGCCAUUAGUGACUACUACUCGGGCAGCUGGAUUGCCAUCAGCACCAUCACCCUGAACGGUGACCUAUCCCGAGCCGCUGACCGGGCAGGUCUUCUGGGUACCAGCCCACCAGCACCCCCGACCCCAUCUCCGACUCCCAGCCCAACGCCCCCACCGGGAACCACCUUGCCGGUGACUUCCACCCUUGCGCCUACCACAAGCACCGGUUCCACUGGAGGCACGUGCUCAGAGGCCGCGGAGGACUGCCGCACAACGGGCUGCUGCACCAAUGCCGGAUGGACCUGCUACGAGAAGAAUGAGUACUGGGCCUCCUGCCGGCAGAGCUGCGAGCCCGGAGCCAUCGACCCAACCGAUGCACCGGAGUAUCAGACGCCUUGGACGUGCAGCAUCAUCGGCGGCUCGACCCCAUCUCCGUCUCCCCAGCCGUCGCCGUCUCCUUCGCCUUCGCCCACGCCGAGCCCUCCCCCCACGCCGAGCCCGCCCAACCCGGCGCCCGGAAUGGCGUUCACCACCGGCACGGCCGGCACAGGAAAAGCCAGGCUCUUCGAGUUCGUGGAUGCCUUGAGUGAUCAGCCAGUGGCCGGCUCCAUGGCCAGAGCGGUGCACUCGUCGGGUGGGGCUGCCGGAGGCGUGGUCAGCGAGAGCCAAGGGUAUGGGCUCCUUUUGACCGGUGCCGUCCUGGCAUCUCUGCCACCAGAUGACCCGGACCACCAGCGCAUCAUGGAUCUCACCCACGAGAUGUUCCUGGGCUGGCGGCGCAUGUGCGAGCUUUCCGCAGGCAGUGGCAGCUGCCAAGACGACGAGGGCUUCCAGUGUGGAGGAGGCAAGUACCCAUGCCUGGCUCAUUGGAAGUUCGACGAUGACCUGACGAACAUCAUCGGGUCGGGUUCCGCCCCCGACGGCGAUGCGGAUGCGCUUGCCGGCAUGUUGCUCGCGGUGCUCUCUGUGGAAAGGGAAGCUUCCCAGCCCAGUUGGCUGGACGAGGUUGGUCAGUGGGCCUAUGACACAUGCAAGCAGUUCUACAUGAGCAGCACGGUCGCUUCCAGCUCUGGCAACCACCGCAUCGUGAAGCUGGGUGCCUGCUGGGGCGGCUGGGACGGACAAGGCCAGAAUCCCAGCUACCACGCUCCCGCAGUCUACAGGAUGUGCCGCAACUACAUGAAGUCGCACGACACCCGCUAUGGGACGUCGGCGGACGAGGGCGAGAAUUGGGAAGCAGAGUGGAACAAGGUCAUCGCGACGACCUACAAGGUUUUCGAUGCGACGCAGUGCCCCUCGAACGGUCUUGUACCCAACUGGGCCAAGAUCUCGGAGGAAGGGCAGAGCCUGCGCGCCACGAUGGGCUUCUCUGGCAGUGGCACGCCUGGCGCCGAAUACGGUUCCGAAGCAAGCCGCACUGUCUGGCGCGUGGCCCUUGACUACCUGCUCUUUCCCAACGAGGCUGGGGACGCUGCAGCCUUCCUCGAUCCCCUUGCAGCCCACCUGGAGACGAAGGAGACCAACGGCAACUGGGACGAGGCGCUCGAUGUGGAUGGCAGCUGCCUCGUCGACAGCGUGCACAGCAGUUGGUCCUGGAACAUGUUCAUGGCCGGCCCUACCUUUGCGUGCCUCGUGUGCCCUGCCAACUCUGUGCAAGAGGACCGUCAGCAAGAGCUCAUCGAUGCGGCUGGCAGGAGGGUGGCGACCAAGGCCAUUGACGACUACUACUCCGGAAGCUGGAUUGCGAUCAGCACCAUUACCCUCAACGGAGAUCUCCUGAGAGCCGCACAGCGCACGGGCUUGCUGGGCUCGCAGCCGACGACGCCUACGACGACAAUGGCCACCACCAUGGCGCCCACAACGACCACGGCAUCCACUGGAUCCCAGAAGGUGUUUGAGCCUGUGGAUGGCGGCGUGGACAGGGUCUGCCGCGGCAGCAGCCCGUCUGACAACAACCCGAGCUACUACUCGAUUGCCACAGCCGCUUCACUGGAGGACUGCAAGUCGAAGUGCGUUGCCGACAGCGGGUGCGUUGGGCUCGAGUUCAAGGGGAGCCGCUGCGAGAUCUGGACGCGAGCCGGGGGCAUCCAGGCGUCCAAAGCGCUGAGCGGCUACACCUGCCUUCGCUACGGAGUUCCCGUUGCCCUGCGGCCGGGCAGCUGGGAG